CUUGUCCCAAGGCUGAUAGUUAGCCUCUUGCCUACAAAGAUGUUGCCUUCGCCAUGGGCGGCAUCCGCCCUCAGCCGCGUGAGUCAAUGUGCCGCCACCCUCAGCCUCGCCGAAACAUGAAUCCCGAAACCACUAACUUACCACAACUUUAACUUCCCAACUUCACAACACUAUACAUAACGACAAAAACACCGCAUAUACCAACCCCACCAUGACCGACCCAUCGCGCCCUUCAACUCCUCCGCGCGCCUCCUCCCAUCCUCCUCAACGCACCCCGGAAGCAGCCCGCCACCUGGAAGAACAGCGCCUCAAAGCCAAAUCUCUCUACGACCGCCGCCGCCUCGCCGCCGCCUCCGCAGGCUCAGACCCCUCAACAACAACCACAACAACCCCCUCCGGCUUCCUCGUCUCCCCCCUCAAACGCCCCGCCGCUGCCAUCUCAACCAGCGCAUACGCCUCGUCCGUCCCCUCGACGUCGCGCGACGCACGCGCAGAUACAGCAGGAGAACCGAGGAUAGAGGCAGCGAGGAAGUUCAGGAAGUUCGUGGAUCAUGAUUUUAGCGCUGUGGUUGAUACGAAGGGAGGUUUUCUGGCGGAAGAAGAUGGAGGGGUGGGAAGUGCGGGGAGGGGGAAUGUGGGCGGUGAUGCAGGGGAUGGAGGGAGGCCGGCGCAUAUGACACUCGCGGAGUGGGAGAGAUUGCAGUUGAAGAAGUCACUGCAACGCAGGAAGGAAGGACCGUUUGAGCCGGGGUUGAGCGUGUUGGAAGGGGCGAAGAGGAAGAAGUGUAGUGAGUGUGGGAGUUGGGAGAUAGAUUGGGUGUGGGAGGAGGUGUUUGGGACGGAAGUUUGCGCGAGGUGUAAGGAAAAGUUCCCGGAGAAAUACAGCUUGUUGACCAAGACGGAGGUGAAGGAUGAUUAUCUCCUGACGGAUCCGGAACUCAAGGAUCCCGAACUCCUCCCGCAUCUGUCCAAGCCCAACCCGCAUAAAUCUCACUGGCACGACAUGAUGCUCUUCCUGCGGUACCAGGUUGAGGAGUACGCGCUUGGGCCCUCGAAAUGGGGUUCGGCAGAAGCUCUCGACGCCGAGUUUGCGAGGCGCGAGGCGGAUAAGAAGAAGCGCAAGGAGGAGAAGUUCAGGUCGAAGCUGGUAGAACUGAAACGGAAGACGAGGGCGGAGCAUUAUAGGCGGGCGGCGAGAGAAGGGGGCGCGGGGGGUACGUUUGGGGAUAAGGUUGGCGGAGGGAAGCAUGAGCAUGAGUGGGGAGCAACGGUGGAGGAUGCGGGGAGGACGGUCAGAGCGUGUGUGGAGUGUGGGAUGGAGGUGGAGGAGGUGGAGUUGUAACUCCGGGGAACUGGACCGGGAUUCGUAUUGAAAUGCCUGUUAUGCGCUUGUUCAUCUAGGGAUCGCCCCAAUAAUGUUGGGGUUGAGAUCCUAGUAUCGCAGAACAGGAAGGAACCGAUGGAUGAAUAUCACUAGUGAGGCAUUGGUGCAUGUCAACACGGCAGAAUAUGGUAUUGGCUACCAUUUCCAUCGCCCCCUGGAAUGACGGGCGUUUAGACGGACCCUGCUAGCUACGUGUCCGCGCGGCAGGACAUAGUGAUAGGCUGCGAUUUACAUCACUCCUAGAUAAUGAGUCGGGAAGACACCCCCGAGUGAUAGGCCGGUGUGGUAUUCCCACCAGUUUACGAGGCGCAAAGAGAUCUUCGAAACAGAAAUUACUGUGGCUAGCUCUAGUUGAUGCAUAACAGCAUGCCGAAGCAGGCACAACCAUGGUUGGCCUCGUGUAGAUAUACGAUAGGACGUCUUGGGCAGGGCGGGAAAAAGGAAAACUGUACCUUGUAUGAUAAUUCCGACUCUUAUAUAGCCCCCCUCACGUGUGAUUUCGCACGUCCCUGGUCGAUCUUUUCUUAUUCUCACAACAGAUAUCGGGUUCUUUUGCGGGCCAUUGGACCGCAAAAGAGCAGAUAUGUGGACUC